UAUCUUUUAUAAAAAAUCCCAAAUAAUAUUAAAAUGUCUUGCGGUAAACAAGUCAGGUUAGUAAAGAAAUGGGACAAACCCCGGAAAAUAGAGGUCAUUAAGCCGUCUAAAUACGAGAAGACCCCAGUAGCUGUGAGGACUCACUGGAGGAAUGUCAUCAAGGCUCUGGAGCUGUCAUACAAAGAUGAAAAGUUCUGGGAGACUCAAUCUGACAAAGUCAGGGAAUUGGUUGGACCAAAAAUAUUUAAAAGGCUCGAGAAGAUCUUUAAUCUGCCGCCCCGGGUCGGCUUAUACGAGCCCAAAUCUGAUGUCGUGUCGAGGCAAGCUUCACAUGAAUUUUAUCACCGUACACAUGUGAGGAAGGAGGCUGUGUUACCGACGACAUGCUCCGCGACAGAUUUCGACGAGUCGCUCUACAAGAACGAUAUAGAAGAAUUAGCCGAAGAGGAAUCCGAGAGAUGGUCCACUUCUACCAACAUAUACGAUAGUGUAUGUUAUAUGCCGAGUAACAGAGUGAGUUUGAUACGAAGCAGAUCGAGCGUUGGUCGCAGUGGCUCAGCGAAAGGAUCGAAAUAUAGAACCUGGUCGUCCGUAAAAUCAUGGAAACCAAAAGCGUCAUAUGAUGUAGCGUCUUCGUAUUUUGAUGACCUGAUUGUCCACCACAGCAGGAAUAAAGAUAAGGAAAAAUCAUCAAGAGCUCACAAUCCACAUCAUCACAUGUUGUACUGCAGCGAAUCCGAAACUGAUAUGAUCAAAUGGAAUUCCAAAUACAAACAGAAGAAACUUGAGGUGUCAGCCUCCGACGAGUAUAGCAGAAGAGCUGAAAUUUUGACUAAAACCAUUGCAAAAGACUUCUACGACUGGUGGGUAUCUCUUGGUAGCCUUGAAUUCAAAAGUGAAAUAAAACGUGCUGAAGAUAUUGAAGAAUUGUUUCAGCUUUGGUUCGACGAGCAUGCUUCUCGAGAGCUGAAAUUGGAUCACAAAAUUGUUCCUUGCGUUUUGAAAUCUAUUUCUGAGUACACUGGAAUUAAAAAGGCUUCCUGCUCCGAAGUGUUGAAGCAGCAAAUAGCUAAUGACAUUCACGCUGAAACGAAACCAGCUCAUACUGUAGCGUUUGCAUCAAGUCUGCCACAAAAACUGAAGCAUCUUCCGCCGAAAAAUAACACGAAAGAACUGUGGGGGCCGGUGCCAAUACCCGAAGAUUUAAAGUCCAUGACUUGUGUUUGGGGCGACAUACAACACUUGACAUCGACGAAAGCGUUCCUGAAAUGGAUGAAGCAAAAGCCAGAUUUGCGUAUACCGCCUUUCCUACAGAAAGUUGACAAGGGGGGCAAAAAACUCCCUUACACGGUACCAUCCGACUACGUCCAAGCUGAAAAGACAAAGUCCGAUCUAGCGGUGCUCGCCUCUAAACUGUCGAUCGACCUGAGCAAGGAACUAAGCAAUCUAAUGUCUUGA